AUGUCGAAUUCAUCAAUAAUUCUCUCCUAUCAAUUUAUAGGAGAAAAAAUUACUAUUUAUUGUGGUUUAUUUAUUUUAAUAACUGGUGUAUGUGGUGGUAUUUUAAAUAUUCUUGUUUUUACAACAUUAAAAACAUUUCGAAAUACUUCAUGUGUUUUUUAUUUAAUAACAGCAUCAAUAGUUGAUACUGCUCAAUUAUUAACAUCAUUAUUAGUUCGUAUACUUUCCGUUGGUUUUCUUAUUGAUCCAACAACAAUAUCAUGGUUUUGUAAAACACGAAUGUUUUUUGCACAAUUUUCUAUACUUGUUGCGCUUGGAUGUAUGUCAUUAGCGACAAUUGAUCAAUUUAUAUCAAUAAAUCGUCGGCAAUUAUGUAGUUUACAAUCAGCUCAUCGUUAUAUUUUUAUUGCUUGUAUUAUGGCAAUUAUACAUGCAAUUUUCUUUUCUAUUUAUCAUGAUACACGAUCUAAUGUAUGCACCAUAAUUAAUCCAAAUUUUGCAAAAUAUUAUACUUAUGUUUAUAUUCCAGUUGUUAUUGGUAUUCUACCUAUUAUAACAAUGAUUACAUUUGCAUCAUUAGCUUUUAUUAGUAUUCGUACAAUUGCCAGUUGUAAUAUUCAUAUUGAACGUUUAGGACGUGAUCGUCAAUUAACAGCUAUGACAUUGAUUUAUGUUGUAUUUAUUAUAAUUUCAAAUGUACCAACUAUUAUUUUUAAUAUUUAUUUAACAACUUCGGUAACAACAGAUAAAAUUUUACUUGCACGUAAUUAUCUUAUUGUUUCAAUUGUAGUUGUUUUUUAUUAUGUACAGUAUGCUAUUCCAUUUUAUGUUUUUUGUUGUGUAUCAAAAAGAUUUCGUAAUCAAGUUAUUUAUGUAUUGAUUGAUGUACAUUUCAAGCGAUUUCAACAAGCAGCAAAUAAACUAAAUAAUAAUCAAGUUACACCUGGAAUCGAAAUGAAUACAUUAACAAAUGAAAGUACUUAA